GCGAGAGUUGUCGUUUCACCAGCUUUUUUGUCCUCCCUCCGAGAUCCCGAAGAAAUUGAUGGUGAGGAGAGAGCCUGUGCAAGGCGACUUUGCUGGCAGUUCAGGGCUGUACAGCAACUUACGCCACAACGCGGCUGCAUGGCUACGCUUCCGGCUGCAAUGCUGCUUCCCUUCAAUUGAAUUUCUCACUCUUCUCCUCCCUCCGAGGGAAAAAUAGAAUAAAUUAUUCCUCUAAACUCUCACCAACUCCAGCAGUCGGGAGCCAUAGCAAUCACGGGGGACCCUCUCAAAGGUGACGACACUCUGGCUGUCUGUCUGGCAAGGGGCGGAAAAAUCAUAAAGGGGGAAAAGGUUAACUCUUACUAUUUCUUCCUUCUCGCACUCUUUUAAAAUCUUUCUUUGCCCUCCUUACACUCCCAUCUAUUCUCCCGAUUACCGGCAGAAGCCACGACAACGACAGCCCUGAAGCCCACUGCCUCUUUCCUCUGUCCACACGCACGCAGAAGCAGCGUACACUUGACCAGACAUCAUCCAGCUAGCCCGUCAUCUCUAGGACCCAAUAACAUCCGUAACCCGUAAUACUCCAUCACCUUCUAGGCCAGCCCAUCCGUGCCCCCUUGGGGAAAAUCUAUCACGGCUGGCGCCUCUCUUGUGAGUCGCUGCUUCGGAAGCUCAGUACUUUCCAUCGUUGGUCCUACUUGAACAUGGAGCUGUCCCGCUCAGAAUACCCGGGUAUCGUGGGCUCUGUCCAUCCUACUCCUGCGGUCAAGAUCCUGAGGGAUCGCCUACACCGGGUCCAGGUUUUAAACACGGAAAUCGCGGAUUGGCUUCAGGAGCGACGACGAGUCGAGGAACUGUACGCUCAAGGCUUGAAUAAGCUAGCCAAAAGAACGCUAUCGGGCGAUAGGUCAGAUUUAGGGGUGUUUCAAGGUCCAUGGACUCGAAUCGUACAAUCUACGCACUCCGUCGCAUCCUCCCACCAGGAGUUCGCUCAGAAAAUCGAUGCCGAGGUCGAACGCCCGCUACGCGAUUUUACGGUACGAAAUCAGGAAUGGGCUGGAAUGAAAAAUCUAGAGACGAACAUGGCCGCUGUAGCCAAAGCGGUCGACUCGGCAGAGGAGAAGGUUGAGAAACUGAAGAAACGGGGUCCAAAAGCCAAGGCGCAUCAAGUCGCCGAGGCAGCUUCGGCAGCCUCCAAUGCAUUGGCCGAAUGGGACAGUCAGGCGCCGUUUGUGUUUGAGAAAUUCCAGGCCGCAGAUGAGAGUCGGGUCAAUCAACUCCGGGAUGUUUUGACAACCUGGCAAACAUUGGAGGUGGAUCAGUCACAGCGAAGUAUGCAGUCCGCGGAGUCCACUCUGAACAUCAUAUUGGAUAUCAGUACGGAGGAUGAGAUAAGGGGAUUCGCGAAUAAGGCUACUGUUGGGAAGCAAAGGAUUGAAAGGGAGAGAAGUCGAACGGCUAGUAGCGGCGCAACAACGGUUUCUGGGGGCGGCGGUCUGGGGCUUAAACGGAUAGGGACUGUGUUUAGAGCGCGUAACCGGAAUAGCUCGAUACCUUACUUCCAUAGAUCGGCAUCUCCCGGUAAGCGAUCUUCGGAGAGACUAGGGGGCGGUAAAGUCCACCCCCCUCUACCCUCAUCCCCUCAUCCUACAAACAAUGGUUUUGGUCCGUCUAGAGGAGAGAAUAGCUCCUUGGCGGUACCACUAGGAGGGUCGCCUCCUAGGCCAUCGACCGCACGGAGCAUACCGCCUUCGCCAACGCAGAACGGAGAUGCCCACCCUCCGGCUUCCCCCACGGCUUCGGCUGCCGGCCCCUCACAGACACUUCCUACGCCAUCUGUAUUAGUAACAUCAGAAGAGCCACGGAGGGAUGCUGAAGGGUACACCAUUCCACCACCAGUGCAUGAUAUUGGUGGAAGUGCACUACCAGACGAUGAAACUGCAGAUGAGCCAUCCCAACCUCAGUUCAAGGUCGAGAUUAAAAAUGAUGUGAUUCAAGAGGAAGAAGAGGAAGCUGAUGCAGCACUUUCUAAAGUAGCGACAACCCUACGAGCGCAAAACACUGUUUCUAGGAGGAAUAGAGGACGGCGGGAUGCUCGCGAUGUUAGGAACACCAUGUUUAUCCCGAACCCGGCGCCUGAGCCAGUAGAAGGCCUUCCCUCAUCGCCGCCCCUUACCCCAAUAAAGUUCACACCCAAGAGCUCGGCCGUGGCGUCCGAGGCCGGGUCUGAUACUUUGUCAAUCAGAUCCUCGCGAUCCGUGACUAGCCUUGCUAGCUCGCCGAUCAGACAUCCGGAAUUGACGGAAACGGGUCUAUCUGCUUCACUAAUAGAAUCUGUCAGUAUGUCGUUCGAGGCUGGGGCGCCAACAAAGACACUUAUCACUGGGGAAAUUGCCGUGGCUUACAAUCCUAUCGAACCAGUAUCCCUGGACCAGUCGUUCCCUGCAGAGCUCGUGCGCAUGGACAACUUUUCCGUUCUAGAAAAAGUGGCGCCGAACCCUGCCUUCAUCUCAUCAGUCCCGGACCGUGCAGGGGAGUACACAAUGUCACUUGCAAACAUCCACAAAACCUCCGUAGCCUUCAAGUACCAAGUGCACAUCGAUGAAGCUAACGUCGCAGUCUUCGCGCCUAUAAUUGCAACACCCAUCUGGCGCUUAGAACCGCACCAAUCCUCUGUCAUAAUUCACUGGAAACCCAACCCGGGCUUCCGCCGCCUGAGCGGCGCUACGGGGACCUUCACCAUGAAGAAUGUUAUAUUCACCGCCGGGAUUGAAGGCACGCCGGCGACCACUUGCCAGAGUAAGCCCGCCGGAACAUUCUCCCGCGAGAGAGGCCGCCUGGUGUGGAAGCUCGGGGACGUCCUCAUAGACCCGGCGGCUGGCGACGAAGGGGCCAAGAAGCUCGUCGCGAGAUUCCAGACGGAGGGCCAGGCAAGGGCUACACCCGUGGAUAUGCGGUGGGAGAUUAGCGGCGAAGAUGCGAACACCGCUGGUAGCGGACUCACCCUGUCAUCCUUUGAAAAGCCGGAGAAACCGGAGACCGCGGCGGCGGCGGAGGCCGAAGAGGUGGACCCGUUCGCGGACGAGGGUGGGGAGGCCAAGAGCGUUGCAGGCGCGGAUGAGGAGGGGGUGUGGAAGGCGGUGAAUACCAUUAGGAAGGUAAUGGGGGGGAAGUACGUUGCUGUUUAAAGUAGUUUCUUAAUUCUUUAUUAUCAUUGUUGUGACCAUCAUCAUUAUCAUAGUUUUUCCUCAUUUUCGCUUUUUUUCCUUAGGCAAGAGGUGUCACUAGUUUCCUUUCCUUUUUAUUUAUACCUCUUUUGAAGCACUAUCACCAUUUUUCUCCCAACCCCUGCUCACUUAACCUUUCCAUUGAACACUUGGUAUCUCGUGAACUCAUCAUUGCAGUCUAUUUGAAAACUAGGUGUUAGACCCUCUCUUCCCUCUAUCUCUCUCCUCCCUACACUCUCUAAAAAUUUUCCUUUUACUAUUUGUUCUGCAAAAGCCACUAUCUCACCCGCCGUGUCCUUUUUAUUAUUUAUUUUUUUACUUCGUCGUUGGUAUUACUACUCGCCAUACUUAUUUACCUAUUACCUAUCAUUACUACUCUAUUCCCGUUUCGCACGCGGAGUCACUGGGUUGACGUUUUCUUUUUCGUUUUCUUUUUGUCAUGUAUGGUGGGUAUGGGAUGGGAUAGUAUGUAUGGUAGAUAGGGGGUGGAAUUGAAGGAAGGAAGGAUAGCACACUUAGAGUA